GCGUUCUCAUCCUCUCAGCAAUCCUCCUCCUACGCCUCUUACAUACAAUGGAUCCUAAGAAGUUCGGCCCUACUGUCGCCUGCUACGACGGCUCUGAGGCUUAUUGCCAGCUGCCAAUUUCUAAGGCUUACGUUGUCGUCAGUCAUGAGAUUCCUCAUGCGACGGGCGUUAUCAAUCAUUGGCACAUCUUCUUCAAUCUUGAGGGGCGCGAAAAUGAGUGUAUCUACUUUGAUCUUCUGAAGAAGGAUGCUCAAGGGAACCUUGCGCCCCAGCAGAACGCCGUGCUCUGCAUCAUGCAUCGGACAUACGACUUGACUAACGCACGCCACUACACAUUUCCGCUAGUAUUCGCGGAUGGGACAACCAUCGAGGAUGCUCUCAUAGCUCUUCAUGACAAAGGUGCCCUGCGCUACAGAUACCACAACUCAGGGGUUGGGUAUCAUUACUGGAUCCAGAGAGUUGUUGGUAUGUGGCAAGAUGGUGAACUUUUGGGAUCCGAUCGCACUGCAAUUCUAGAGUUACGGGACAUUCUUCACUACGUCUACCAGAGGGUUGGCAACCAGGUUGUCAGAACCCCCUCCAUUCCUGUCCAGGGAACCUUUUAUUAAUCAUUUCAACCUUGGUGAUUCAAGGCCUGGCAUGGAUCAUUUACAUUAUCUUGACCCACCACUGUCAACAGAUUCUCUCUUCUCAGCAUCGUCUUUCUUUCUUUUCUCACUCACGCUUCUCGCUCAACUGAGAAUAUGUUGUACAUUAUAUACAGGCUGUAGUAUCCGUUGAGUCGAACGAGGGGGGUUUUACCUACCUUGAAAUGUAUCUUCUAUCAUCCACACGAAUCUAGGCUAUAUCUGACCUC